AUGCCCGCAAUGCUCGACGACCCCACAUCCCCCCCAAUCAAGCGCACAACCCCAAUCCCCUCCUUCACCCCCACCACCAUCACCCUCCGCGACGGAACCACCCGCGCCACCAUCCUCCCCUUUGCCUCGCCCUCUCAAGUCCCCCCCUCCCUCAUCUCCUUCCUCUGCACCCAACUCGCCCUCGAAAUCGCCGCUGGCGACACCUACCCGAUGCUGGACCCUUUACCUCUUGAAGCCUUUGGUCCCUACUGGUUCAGCACUUUUGCCGCCGUCAUGGUGCUUGGCGAGGGAUUGAGUGUGGAAAGUGUAGCGCAGAUGGAGGGGGUGGAUUGGGAGGAUAAGUGUAUGGGGAGUUUCUAUGUCAAGCCGAAUUAUCCGGGGAGGAGUAGUCAUGUUUGCAAUGGAGGGUUUUUGGUGAAUGGGAAGAAGAGGAAUUUGGGCGUUGGGAAGGCGUUGGGGAGGGCAUAUUUGGAGUGGGCGCCCCGAUUAGGAUUCACGUAUUCGGUGUUUAAUCUAGUGUACGAGACGAAUGUUGCGUCGUGUAAGAUUUGGGAUUCACUAGGGUUUGAGAGGAUUGGGCGGGUGAAGAAGUGUGGUAUUUUGAAGAGUUUUCCAGGGAGGAAGGUGGAUGCGAUUGUUUAUGGGUAUGAUUUUGAGGAGAAGGAGGUGGUGUGA